UUUCAGUAUCGGUUUCGGUUUUCCUGUAAGCAGACAGGGCCCUUUAAAACGCGAGAGAACCGACUCGGUCUUCAGAAACUGGUCAGCCAAACUGGAGAUCAGCACAGAUUCCUUGUGACCACUAUUUCAUCUUUGAAUCUGAAGAGAUGGCGGAUUUAGGGCUUCGAGAGUACCAGCUUGAAGUGGUUCAGCGGGCCGCGCGGCGAGAGAAUAUCAUCAUCUGGUUGCCAACAGGGGGUGGGAAAACUCGUGCUGCUGUUUUCGUUGCAAAAAGACACCUGGAUACCACACCCAAUGCCAAGGUGGCUGUCCUGGUUAAUAAGGUGCACCUAGUUGUCCAGCACUAUGAAAAUGAGUUCCGUGAUCCCCUGAGGGCCUACUCCGUUGUUCCCAUCAGUGGCGAUUCAGACGAGAAGAACUUUUUUGGGAGCAUGGUACGGGACUCGGACGUGGUCAUCUGCACUGCGCAAAUACUCCAGAACGCUCUCACCAACACUGAGGAGGACAAGCAUGUGGAGCUCACAGCCUUCACGCUGCUCAUCAUCGACGAAUGCCACCACACACACAAGGAUGGUGUGUAUAAUAAGAUAAUGGAGCACUACAUUAAGCGGAAGAUUGAGGGCGAAACACGACUACCGCAGGUCCUGGGCCUUACAGCAUCACCAGGGACAGGUGGUGGAAAGACUCUCGAAAGUGCUAUGAAUCAUGUGCUGCAGAUAUGUGCCAAUCUGGAUUCAGUGAUCGUCUCAACAGAAAACUACAAGCCUGAGCUGACGCAGGUUGUCCCCAGGCCAAGGAAGGAAUACGACAUUGUGGAGAAAAGGCCUCUGGACCCAUUUGAGGACCAUCUGAAGAGCAUGAUGAAAAUGAUCCAUGGCUACAUGGCCGCAGAGGAGCUUAUCCCAUUCCAUGAGUUUGGAACACAGGAGUACGAGGCUGAUGUGGUGCAGCUGGAGAAGAUUGCUGUGGUGAAAGAGAACCGACUGUUGUCUCAGUGUGCAAUCCACCUGCGAAAGUACAACGACGCUCUUCUCAUCAACGACACUGUUCGCAUGGUGGAUGCACUGCAGGUUCUCAAUGAGUUCUACAGAUCCAAAGAAGGUUUUGCCCUGGACGGAACCGAUUUUUUCCUGUCUGGAUUAUUUGAAGAAAAUUAUAUGGAGUUGAAGUUGCUGGCGCAAGACAUGGAUUUUGAGAACCCCAAGUUGAUACGCCUGGAGCAGACCCUUCUGGAGCAGUUUAAAAAGCCCUCAAAGUGCAUCAUCUUCUCAAAGACACGUCAGGCCACCCGCUGUCUCUUAGAGUGGGUGCUUGAAAACACCAAGCUGAUGAAUGCCGGCAUCAAAGCUGCCAUCCUCGUCGGCGCGGGCCCUGGCGAUACUCACAUGACCCAGGUGCUUUAUCACAUGGAAAUUGUAGCUGUAAUAUUAGUCAUUUACACAUUGGAUUCAAUUACCUUGCCAAGGAAAUAGUCACCUUACCCUACUGACGAGUACUCCCACCCAACAUCCCUUACCCUAGGUAGCCUGUGGCAUGCCACCGUAAUGUUUGAUCGCUGUUUAGGUGGAGAUCAGCAGGCUGUUUAGGUAGAGAUCAGCAGGCUGUUUAGGUAGAGAUCAGCAGGCUGUUUAGGUAGAUAUAGGCAGGGUGUUUAGGUAGAGAUCAGCAGGCUGUUUAGGUAGAGAUCAGCAGGCUGUUUAGGUAGAGAUCAGCAGGCUGUUUAGGUAGAGAUCAGCAGGCUGUUUAGGUAGAUAUAGGCAGGGUGUUUAGGUAGAGAUCAGCAGGUUGUUUAGGUAGAGAUCAGCAGGCUGUUUAGGUAGAGAUCAGCAGGCUGUUUAGGUAGAGAUCAGCAGGCUGUUUAGGUAGAGACAUGCCUGUGCUGUUGAGAGAUGUGACUAUUGUGAGGCCCCCUAACCAUAAGCACUAGCAGAACUUAACAUAUUGUACUGUGAAUGACACCAAUUUGAUAACAUGACUUUGGUAUCAGUCGAUGUACAUGUAUAUUUAUUAUAUUUGUUGUAUUGUAUAUUGUAUCCCAGAUGUAGAUGGUGGACAUGGGUUCACUAUUUAUUGUUUGAUUUUGUUUUCUGUAUAUAGGUAUGUGUA